AUGUCUUUCUUCCAUGAUGCCUUUUCCAGCUACGAGGACGGUCUUCUUGGCUUCUCCGACGACGAUCUCUUCGGAGGUGAUGUCGAUUUCGGCCAUGUCAACAACUACCCAGACGUUCAGACGUCCAAUGCCCCUGGUGAGACUGCCGCCGCCAAUUCCAACGAUACCAAUUUGUUCAACGAGUUCAUCAACUCCGAUGCUGUCGACCUCGGCACCACCAACACGGCAUCUGCAGCUCUCGAGCCAGCUGCGAACGACAAUGCCGGCCCUUCCGGACUCGAGCAACCAACCGCUGCUGAUGCAGCCGAGAUCGACUGUGCAAGCUCGGUCGCCCCGUCUCCUCGCGAGACCACGCCUGUUGCCAGUGCCGCUGCGGCCCUUCCCCCAUUUCUCCAAUCUCCGGCCGAUAAGUACGUCGACCUCACCGAAGAUUCUCCCCCGGUGGUCGACCUCACCUCCGACUCUCUUCCGCCCUCCGCCGACUCUCUCCCGCCUCCCUCCGCGCCGCCCUCCGCCGACCAUGCCCCUUUCUCCCAGCAUGUCGCUCCAGAAGUGCCUCGCCGCGCGGAGAGUGUGGAGGCUUCGGUUGGUUCCUCGAGCGCCGAGCCUCUGCAAUUCGCAUCAGCAGCGGAGGCAGCGGCGGUAGUGUUCGCCCGUCAAGCGCUGGAUCUGCCGGCGAGCUCAGACGACCAUGCUGAGGUGGAGAAGAAUGCCGCUUCCAACGUCCGCCGCAUUGUCGCUGCCUUUGAGGCCGACUACAGAGCUUCGCCGCCCAACGUCGCCAUCGGAGCGACCGAAGCCGCCCGCUGGAUCGAGGUUCAGGAGCGCUACGUCGACAAGGUUGCGAAAUUGCAGGCUAAACAGCCAUACAUGGUCGAAGCAGCUGCUUGGAUUGUGUUGCAGAGCCUGAUUGAGAUGCACAAACUGGGCCGCAAGAGGACAGUCGAGAAGUGGGAGCGCAACACGAAGUGCUCUGCCCGGCUCAACGCCAUCAUUGACGCCAUCGCUGAUUACACAAUCAUCCGCUUCGAUGUCAUCCGCCUUGUCAGCAUCGAUGACUUUGUCGCCUCGCCGUCAGCUGCCAUCUCCCGCAAGUCCGCCAACUGGCGUGGAAAUACCAUGAAGGUCAAGAAGGACGAGGCCAACCUGGAAGAGGCCGCGGGCAGCAAUGUCAAGUACCAGCCUGUGUUUGGUGGCGGUAAGAAGCGCAAGAAUGGUAGCACGCCGUCCGAUGGUUCUUCGACCUCUCCUAUCAGUAUCCCCUCCGAGAAUGAGCCAGAGAAGCCAAGCAAGAAGAAGCGCAAGACUGCCACUCCCAAGCAGUCACAAGCGAACUCGAUGCCCACGUAUGCCACUCCGAACAGCGGCUACGCCUCCACCCACGAUCAGCAGCAAGCCACUCCCACAUCCAUGCCAACGUUCGACCCCUACACCGGCGAAUUCGCCUCUGCGUCCGACCUUCAGCAGGCUACGCCAACGUCAGCUUACCCCUCCCUCAAUGCUGGCUAUGCUACCACUGAGUAUCCACCAGUCAUGCCAUCAUACAACACUCCGAACAACAACUACACUCCGACCUCUCAGUACCAGCAGUCCAUGGCCACUCCAAUGUCUGAAUACAGUCCCCUUCAGAGCAACUACACUCCUGCAUCUCAGUAUGCCCAGAGCAACUACGCUGCUGCCCCUCAGCAUGCUCAGAGCAACUACGCCGCCUCCACCCCGCAGCAGGCCUACCACAACUACGCCACUCCCGCUCAGCAGCAGACUUACAACAACCACGCCGUCUCCACCCCGCAGCAGGCCUACAACAACCACGCCGCUCCCACUGAGCAGCAGUCCUACAAUGGCUACAUCGCCGCCGCUCAGCAGGCCCAGAACAACUUCGCGUCCGCCAUCCAGCAGGCCCCGUCAACGUCGACGCCCAUGCAAGCGUACGAUCCCGCGUCCGAUGGAUUCGACUGGGCAUCGUUGGACAUGAAGACUAUCAUGCAGAAUUUCGGAAAUGGAACUUGA